AUGAAGGACCCGUUCAAGAAAGUUCACGUGUGCUCUUUCGGCCAUUUCGGUGGCGACGGGGACAAAAUUCCCCAGUGGGUAAAAGCACACGGAGGGCAAUAUUCGAAGAACGUCAGCCAGGAUGUCACUCAUCUUGUCACCACAAUGGAGGCAUUCAAGAAGAACGUCGAAAUCGUGCGAAAGGCCAAGCGCUUCAAAGUCAAGAUCGUUUCCUACGAUUGGCUCGAGGAUUCACUGUUGUCCAAGAGCCGAGCUCCCAAGCGCGAAGGGCCAUAUCUUUUGGAAACCAUUUUUAAGAAUGAGAAGAAAGCCAGCGCUGAAGCAAAGGCUAAGAAGGUUCCGAAGCGACAAACAAAGGUGAAGGCAAAACGAACUAUGAAGUCGAAAGACCCAUUUACGGCUAGGUUUGGGACCAUUAAGAAAGGCGCUGCUGCAACUGACUAUCACCUCUAUACGGACAACAAGGGUGUGACUUACAACGAGGUGCUCACUUGCCCGACAAUCCAGGCGACUCGCGAGAAAUACCAGCUCAAGAUCUUCGAGCUCACCGGCAACCCAAACACCUACGCUACCCAUGUCAAAUACACGCGAACCGGUAAAUCAACAACUGAGCUCAAGGCACCGAUUGGAAGCACCCUACAAGACGCCAUGUCGGCGUUCGAGCAAUUUUUCGAGGAACAAACUGGCAAGAAAUGGGCAAAUCGAUUGGACGGAGUGGCACCCGAACGCAAACGAGACGACGACGGCAAUGUCCUCCCAAUCUCCGGGGGCUGGUUCCACUGUGAGCAAAACAAUAGCAUCAUUUCGAAUUUCCUACGGGAACCGCCUCGAGCUGUUGCGGAGCCAACGGUAUCCGCUUCAGACAAUGGUGCAGACGACAGAGAGGAGGACGCAGAAUCGCAGACCGAGGUCUUAGAUGAACUGGUCGAGGGCGAGGAUGGGAAUGCUUGA